AUGUCUGCGCAGCAGAUCAGGGACACGUUCUUCGCUCCGUUGGGACAGCCGGCUCGAAUUGAACCUGAAUGGUGCCCGCUAGCAGAAACGCGUCUUCUCCAGCUCAUGCUCAAAUUCAAACCAGUCGUAUUACGCAAACAUAUUAACAUGGACCUCAUCGUGAUGUAUAUGAAACAUAUUUACGCGAAAGAAGAAGCCGUGAACGUAUUCAUAAAGGAUUGUGAUCUUGAAUCUUACGCUACUCAAUUGGAGCUCCCCAUAGAUCAACGUGAAGCUCGUUUUGAGCCGCGUUAUCGGAUACGCCAAUUGAACAGUGUUGUAAAA